CGGACUUCGGAGCCGGCCGGAGAGUCCCGGGAGCGCCGGCGGGCGCGUUUCCACGGGGCGCGGCGCGGCAGCGGAGCCCGGGGAUGCGAGCCCUGCCCGGCCUGGACGCGCCGCAGCGGCAGCGCCCGCCGGCGCAGCAGCCCGAGGGCCCCCGGGGCCGGGACGCGGCGGUGCCAGCGCGCAGGAGCGCGGCCGAGAGGCUGGCGGCCGACCGGGCCAAGUACCUGCGCGGCCCGCGGGGAGCCGGCCCCGCCCCCGAGGGCAGCAGCCCGGGGCCCAGCGCGGGGGCUGCGGGCGCCCCUGGGCCCCCCGCCCCCGGGGCCGUGGCGCGCAGGACGGUGGCGCGGAGGCCGCUGCGGCCCGACUCGCUGGUCAUCUACCGGCAGAAGCGCGACUUCGUCCGCGGGCAGGGCGCCGACAGCCCCAGGGCGGGCCUGGUGAGGAAGCUCUUCCCGGGGCCCGGCAGGGACAGGGCGGCGGCGUGCCCGGGGACGGCCCGGGGGGACGACGAGCUCAGGGCCAGGCGAGAGGGGGCGGUCGUGAGCAGGCCCGGCUCCGUAGGGGCCCCCGCGGGCCCCGGGACCCUCCGCGGAGCCCCGGCUGCGCCCCCUGCGCCCCCCGCAUCCUCCGCGACCCCCGCGACCCCCGGGACGCCCCGCGGAGGCCCGGCUGCGCCCCCUGUGCCCCCCGCAUCCUCCACGGCCCCCGGGACACCCGCAUCCUCCGUGGCCCCCGCGCCCCCCGGGACGCCCCGCGGAGGCCCGGCUGCGCCCCCUGCGCCCCCCGCAUCCUCCACGGCCCCCGGGACACCCGCAUCCUCCGUGGCCCCCGCGCCCCCCGGGACGCCCCGCAGAGCCCCGGCUGCGCCCCCUGCGCCCCCCGCAUCCUCCGCGCCCCCCAGGACACCAGCAUCCUCCGCGCCCCCCGCGGCCCCCGCGCCCCCCGGGACCCCCCGCGGAGCCCCGGCCGCGCCCCCCGGCCCCCAGCCGCGAGCGAGCAGGCGCGGGGGGCUGCGGCGCUCGCAGUCCGACCUGAGCUCCCGCUACUCCGCGUCGCUGGCGGAAUUCGACACGUUCUUCCAGUUCUGCGGCCUGGACCCCGAGGUGCUGGACGCCCUCGGGAGGGAGAACUUCUCGGCGGGGUCGGACCGCGUCACCCCCCGGGUCCGCAGCGUGAGCGUCGCCACCUCCGACAGCGGCUUCUCCCGGCGCAGCGGCGGCCAAGAGGGGCUGCAGGAGGAGGAGCUCACGGAGCAGGUGCCCAGCACCACGUCCGUCGUGGAGAGGAACGCCCGCAUCAUCAAGUGGCUGUACACCUGCAAGAGAGCCAAGGAGACGCCCGGCCAGGGGCUUCAGGGCCCCGCGUGAGCGCUCGCGCCCCGCAGACCCGCGGCCCAGGAAGCAAGUCUUCCAGUCUGUGGGGGCUCCUUGAAGCAUGUCAUGGGUGAUUGGGGACCCCAGGGCCACCCUUACUGCCACAGGAUUUGUCCAGUGCACCCAGGUGACCACAUGCUUGCUGUUUUCCCAGGAAUAAAGCCCCCCAUCGAAGAAAAUUACAUAAUUCCAAAGAAUUUGAAAUGCUAUGGAGAAGAGGGCAACAUGGAACUUGGACAUUAGCCGAGUUGUAGCUGUUUAUAAACAGGUGAAGCUCUGGGAGGUAUUUUCUUGUUUGAGGUGGAUCUGUCCUUGCUUCCGGAGGGCAACACAGGAGGGGAAAGCUGCUUGGAAAUAUUUUCAGGGACAUCUGUUUGACUGGCCUGGUGACAGAGAGGUACCACGAUGCAUUUUAAUAUCUAAAUUGAUUUUAAAAAGAAGGCAAAGGGUACACAAGCCAAGUAUGGAUGCCAUAGUAUUUACUGCUUUCGAUCAGUUUGGACUGUUUGACACCAAAUAAAUGAAAGUUCUGUAAUCAUGAGAAGAUGUUAAACACUGUGCUAACAAUGAGCAAACACACACAAGCUCACACUAAACCCCUCCGUUUCUGAGCCUCACUGCCACCUAAACUUCAGAAAGUACCUUAAAAAUCACUGAGAGCUACAAAGUCAUUUUAGUAAUGCCACUCCCAUUGGGUUGCAGACAUGUGGACGUGCUACUGAAAGAGAAGUUAGAGUUGAUACCACUAGAAAUGCAUUUUCUGAGAGCUAGCAGGAAACUCUGGAGCUUCCCUCUCUCACAACCACAGCAGCACGCCUCCUCUGCCCCACGUAGAGCACGCCUCCACGGGGCUCUGGUACCCAACUGCCCAAAGCAGAGGAGAGCCUCCAGUUACACAGAACACUCCCUGCCCGUUUGUCUAAUUCCCACCUCCAUGGAUCAUGCAGUCAUCCCAGAUUUGACACCAGCUCGCCCUCCUCUACCGAGGAUGUGUUUGAGACGAGGGGCAGCCUCUGGGCGGCUGGCCGACUCCAGGAUCAGAACGCUGAAGGGGGGAGUUACUGUGACCCUAGCCCGCUCCUGACACCCAGACUACACGGAUUUCAGAUUGACAGCCUUUGGAGAGAAAUUUUAUAUCAGUGAUGACAACCCAAAGAAAACUUGUAACCUGAUUUACUCUUUCAAGGUUUCUUGUGUUUUAACAAAAUACGUCUCCUUAGGAGCAAAAUGGAGAAUACGGAGGAGAGAAAAUGGGUUUCUCGAUGGUAGGACAUUUUAUAAGCCAAUGCAUUUUGAUAUGUUCAUGCACUUGUUUAAUACUGUGUUCUGUUUUUGUAACUUUUACUGUGACAGUAGGCCUUUGAGCUCGUUAAUAUUUAUUGUUGACAGUUAUUGGUCUUCAAAUAGUUUUCCUUAACAUCAUAUGGUUUUAGUAUUUAUCAGCAUAGUUUACAAUCAUUUUCUCCUUGUUAUGUUCACUUGUGAUUGCAAGCAGAGUACUCACUACUCUAUACAGUGCUCAGUACCAUACCGAUUUGUUUUCAAGGAAGUCAUACGUUGGCUCACAAAUGUACCUUUGUCAUCAUAGACUCUGUUUAAAGACAACAGAUUCCGUGCUUUAAGAAUUCCCCUCAAAUUGUUCCUCUCAAGAUGCUGCUAUUUUGCUCUUCGGUGGAUUGCAGAUAGUUUAAAAAGGUAAUGUCAAAGAUGAGAGGAAUUUUUUUAAAGGCUCUUUACAGAUGUCCACUUCCCUUACUUACAGGUGUUCCAUUAAUUGUAUAUGUCGAUGCUUUAGGUGAAACUGUUUUGUGCCUUUCUACUGUCAGAAGAGGAUGAACUAGAACUUAGGUCGUAUUUUCCUUGGGUCAGGAUGGUGCAGACUCAUAAUCCAUAUAAUAGAUAACAAAUAUAUAAACAAACUGGUUGCAUUUAAAAGCACCAAGAUCUUCCAGAAGCAUCUGUGCUUCAGUGGAGACACAGAGAAGAAUUCAGCUGGAGUGAAUUCAGAACUACCCUUUUUGAGAAGUGUGUGAAGAAGGGUAAGAGGGUGUCCCCAGGCUCCAAGAGGAGCCAGUGAUGCUCUCUCUCCUCCGUUGAGAUUCAUGCCUCAGUAUCAGAUCCCUACUGUGUGGGUGGAGGUGAGAAGUCUUUUCCUAAUCUGAAUUACCCCAAUUUUCUGGGUGACUUUGAGAAAAUCAAACUUUGAAGCUCAGUCUGAAUGCAAAAGUUUGUAAUUGCUUUUCACAAGAAUAGCAAUAGUUACUGCUGUGAAAUAAUUUCAUUUGUUCAUGAAAGAAUAGCAUGUAAAAUAAUGAUUAACACAAUGAAAAGAAAUAAUUAUUGAUAAAGCCAGAAAAAUAGUUCAACAAUAUCUAUUUCGCUAAAGCAUGGGUACAGAUUAGCAGUGCCUCUGACCGAAAGCUAUUUAUGUUACUGUAAAGUUUCCUCAUUUUAUAUAUAUGUAUAGUUUUUAAACUACUGGUCACUGACACUGAAAUAAAAAGAAGGCUUUAUUAAACUUUGCCCUUUUUAGUAGGUUCAAAGCUCAGUGCCAUGGUUAUAGUUGAUGAUGCCAUAAAAUAUGAGGCCCAGGCAAUUGCUAUGGUGGUUUUGUAAACAGAGUUUUUUCUACACACUACUUGCAACCAGAGUGCAAUAUUAUGUA